CCUGGGAGUCCAGCACCCACACCCUAGAAAGUUCCCGCCGCGGCGUCGAGGCGAGCAGGGCUGCAGGCGAGCGCCGCGCGGCACAGCUGGGCUGGGGUCCGGUCCUGGAGGAGUGAGCCGGGCCGACCGUCGCGGUCCCAGACCCCGGCACCCCUCCGCGCGCCCUUUCCCCGCUGGCCCGGGCUCCCUCGCACGCACCCUCCUCCCCUCCGCGGGGUACAGUGGUCGCCAGCGUGGACCGCACGCGGCCCCCAGGUCUCCCUGCCAGGUCGCCAACCUCCACUCUCGCCUCAAUGGGCACCAGCAGCCGCAGGCGGCCGUGGUGGUUGCUGAAGCCGCUCCUCCUGCUCCUGCUGCUCCUGGGACCAGCCCGAGUCCGCGCGCAGGAGGACGAGGACGCAGACUACGAGGAGCUGGUGCUAGCGUUCCGUUCCGAGGAGGACGGACCGGCGGAUGCGGCCCCGCACACCGCCACUGCCACCUUCCACCGCUGCGCCAAGGACACCUGGAGGUUGCCAGGCACCUACGUGGUGGUGCUGAAGGAGGAGACCCACCACUCACAGCCGGAGCGCACUGCCCGCCGCCUGCAGGCCCAGGCUGCCCGCAGGGGCUACCUCACCAAGGUCCUGCACAUCUUCCACGACCUCUUUCCUGGCUUCUUGGUGAAGAUGAGCAGUGACCUGCUGGACCUGGCGUUGAGGUUGCCCCAGGUCGAGUACAUCGAGGAAGACUCCUUUGUCUUUGCCCAGAGCGUCCCUUGGAACCUGGAACGAAUUAUCCCUGCGCGGUACCAGGCGGAUGAAUACCAACCUCCCAAUGGAGGCAGCCUGGUGGAGGUGUAUCUGUUAGACACCAGCAUCCAGAGUGGCCACCGGGAAAUUGAAGGCAGGGUCACAGUCACUGACUUCGGGAGCGUGCCCGAGGAGGAUGGGACCCGCUUCCACAGACAGGCGAGCAAGUGUGACAGCCAUGGCACCCACCUGGCAGGGGUGCUCAGCGGCCGAGAUGCUGGUGUGGCCAAGGGCACCAGCCUGCACAGCCUUCGUGUGCUCAACUGCCAAGGGAAGGGCACGGUCAGCAACACCCUCAUAGGCCUGGAGUUUAUUCGGAAAAGCCAGCUGGUCCAGCCUGUGCCACAGCUGGUGGUGCUAUUGCCCUUGGCGGGUGGGUACAGCCGGGUCCUCAACGCCGCCUGCCAGCGCCUGGUGAGGACUGGGGUGGUGUUGGUGGCAGCCGCCGGCAAUUUCCGGGAUGAUGCCUGUCUCUACUCCCCAGCCUCAGCACCCGAGGUCAUCACCGUUGGGGCCACCAAUGCCCAGGACCAGCCAAUGACUCUGGGGGCCUUGGGGACCAACUUUGGCCGCUGUGUAGACCUUUUUGCCCCAGGAGAGGACAUCAUUGGUGCCUCAAGUGACUGCAGCACCUGCUUCGUGUCACAGAGUGGGACGUCACAGGCUGCUGCCCACGUGGCUGGCAUUGCAGCAAUGAUGCUGAUGGCUGAGCCCAAGCUCACCCUGGCCGAACUAAGGCAGAGGCUGCUCCAUUUCUCUGCCAAAGAUGUCAUCAAUGAGGUCUGGUUCCCUGAGGACCAGCGGGUGCUGACCCCCAACCUGGUGGCUGCCCUGCCCCCCAGUGCCCACAGAGCAGGUGGGCAGCUGUUCUGCAGGAGUGUGUGGUCGGCGUCCUCAGGGCCUACACGGAUGGCCACCGCUGUGGCCCACUGCACCCCCGAGGAGGAGCUGCUGAGCUGCUCCAGCUUCUCCAGGAGUGGGAAGCGGCGGGGCGAGCGUGUCGAGGCCCGAGGGGGCAGGCGUGUCUGCCUGGCCCACAACGCAUUCGGGGGUGAGGGUGUCUAUGCCAUUGCCAGGUGCUGCCUGCUACCCCAGGCCAACUGCAGCGUCCACACAGCUCCACCAGCCAGGGCGGGCACAGAGACCCGCACCCACUGCCACCCGCAGGGCCACGUCCUCACAGGCUGCAGCUCCCACUGGGAGGCGGAGGACCUUGGAACUUAUAACCGGCCCGUGCUGAGGCCACGAGGCCAGCUCAACCAGUGCGUGGGCCACAGGGAGGCCAGCGUCCACGCUUCCUGCUGCCACGCCCCGGGUCUGGGGUGCAAAGUGAAGGAGCACGGGGUCCCAGGCCCCGUGGAACAGGUGAAGAGGCACAUGGCGGGGUGGGUGGGUGCCUGGUGCCCGCAGGGUGGCGUGUGUCUGUCCUGCACAGCUUUGCUGUCCGUGUUUGUGCUGCUACCCUUCUGUCACGCAGCAGGGUGGCCGUCUGUGGGGCAGAUUCUGCGUGUGGGCAGCAGAUGUGUGGGUGUUGUGUGUGACUGGGCUUGUGUUUGCUUUUUUCUGGUUUAGUAAGGUUUACUGUCUGGGCAGCCCACUCCCGUAGCAGAGAGAAUGCAUAGAUACAGCAUAAAGAAAGGGAACACACAUGCACUUACUGAUUGGUCCAUUUAACACAUCCUUGGGAGAUGGCUUGGGGCAGGGAGUGCCCCUGCACUCUGAGGACAGAGCUGACUCAGUGGAGGGGGCACCUGAGCCACGUGCAGCAAGGCAGGCAGAGCCCUGACACAGGGGGAGGCCGUGCUGGCACCAGAUGUGAAUGCUGGGCCUUCCAGAAGCCUGGGUGCAGUGUCCCACCCAUUGCUCUAUAACUCUCCUUUUUGGGGGCAGUUUUUGGCCAGGGCCAGGUUUGAACCCACAAGCCUCCAGUAUAUGGGGCCGGCGCCCUACUCCUUUGAGCCACAGGCGCCGCCCUAUAACUCUCCUUUUAAAAGCCCCAGAGUUUCUGAAAAAGAGACCCUCGGGAGUCUGCUGUUUUAGAGGUGCCAGGCUGUGGUGACUGUGGUCUGGACGGUGCAUUUCUCAAGGACAAGGGCAGUCUCAGGUCCAUCACCCAGUGUGCGCCGAGGGCUGCUGGAGCCCAGGUGCUGUCCCAGGCGCUGGGAGUAACAGCCCCACAGACGUCCUGUGCUGCCUUCCUGGAGCGUCCACUCCAGUAGGAGAGAAGGACAGGAAAUGAAAUACGUAAAUUGUAAAGUACUGACAAGCUGCUAUGAGGAAAAUUAGAGCCGGGAAGGGAAUGGGGGUGGGUGGUCAGGAGAGGCCUCGCUGAGAAGGUGCAGCAAACGGAGAAGGCCGUGAAGACAGUGCAGGGAACCUGCUCCGGGUCAGGGAACAGCCACAGCAAAGGUCCUGCGGAGGGGGCUGCUGAGGGUGCUGGGAGUGGCCAGGAGGCCAGUGAGGUGGGAGUGGAGUUAGCAGGGGUCGAGGGUGAUGCCAAGAGGAAACAGGACAGGUCAGGUGGGGCCUGAGGGCCAUAGUCAGGAGUGAGCUGGGGACCACGCAGAGGUCUGGCCGGCGCCAUGAUCUGAGCUGAGAAGAGGCUGCAGGGGCCUCUGGCAGAAGUGGGGAGAUGGAGGAGAGGCUGCUGCGACGGUCCAGGCCUGGGGUGCUCAGGCCGGGGGGGAGAUGUGGAUACUGGGGUCUGAAGGAGAAGCCUGCAGGCCUGCAGUGGGUGCGGGGAAGGCGGGAGGAUGGCUGCGAGGCUUUUGCAGAGUUGCCAUUGGAUGGGAUGGGGAAGGAUGUGGUGGCAGAGCUCUGGGGAUGGUGAGCAGCCUGGUGGUGGCAUGUUGAACAUGCAU